UGAGGGCCCAGCACUUCCGGGCGUCCGCGUGGAACGCGUCGGCUUGGGAGUUUACAGAAUGGCGGCCUUCUCUGGCCCGGCCAAGCCUCUCCUGUCCCUGAACCCGCAGGAGGACGACAAGUUCCAGAAGAAGGUGGCGCAGGUUCGCCGGCGCGCAACCAAGCGACAGGUGAAAGAAAAACCUACUCCUGGAGUAAUCUAUGUGGGCCACUUACCCCCAUGGCUUUACGAAACCCAGAUCCGAGCGUAUUUCUCCCAGUUCGGCACUGUUACAAGAUUCAGACUGUCCAGGAGUAAAAAGACUGGAAACAGCAAAGGCUAUGGCUUCUUGGAGUUUGAGUCUGAAGAUGUUGCCAAAAUAGCUGCUGAAACAAUGAACAACUACCUUUUUGGUGAAAGACUCUUGAAGUGUCAUGUUUUACCACCUGAAAAAGUACAUGAAGAGCUUUUUAGAGAGUGGCAUAUGCCAUUUAAAAGGCCGUCAUACCCAGCAGUGAAACGGUAUAAUCAGAAUCGGACACUUCUUCAAAAGCUGCGGAUGGAGGAGCGAUUUAAACAAAAGGAAAAAUUACUCAGGAAGAAAUUAGCUAAAAAGGGAAUUAAUUAUGAUUUCCCUUCAUUAAUUUUACAUAAAAAUGAGGAAAAUGCUUCCAACUCAGAUCUUCGAAAUUCCAGAAAGCGCCAGGCUUUACGCGGGAAGAAGAAAGAGGCUUCAGUCACUCCCAACACCCCUGAGAAGACUGUGGAUAGCCAGGGCCCCACACCAGUUUGUACACCAACAUUUUUAGAGAAACGAAAAUCCGAAGCAGCUGCAAUGACUGAUGAUAAGGAUGACGAAAUCGUCUUCAAGCAGCCCGUGUCUGGUGCAGAAGAGACACCAGCGGCUCAGACACCUAAAGGUUCAAGGAAGAAAAGACGAAGAAAAGCCAAUCAGUGAUUCUGAAUGUAGUUCUUCUGAAACAUGUAAUUUUACUUGCAUUUAACUAGAUAAAUGGAAUGCAGCCAGUAACAAAAUUUUUGGAGGAAAAAACUGUUGAUUCAAGUCAACAAGAAAGACAGUCUAAUUUUAGCUUAAUUUACCUGCCCUUGCUGAGGUCCAGGGUGCCUGCCAGCUUAGAGCCAGGCCCACACUGCCUUGUGCUGGUCUCCUCUAUAGUUUUUUUUUUUUUGCAUCUUUCUUAGCUGUCUGGCUACUCUGCCUUAAUAGAAGUUCACUAGUUUAAGUACUGAACUUUGUUACCAUCAAAUAAAUAAAGUGAAAUCUUGCUUGACCAUCUACAUGGUUCUCUAUUAGGCCAAGGACAUUUAACCCAUCAGAUGGCUGAAGCUGGAAGUUAAAUGAUGUGGAGAGUGAGAAGGCAGUGCAGGUGUUAACAGAGAUCACUUAUGUAUAUAUGAUCAUUUUUACUGAUGUUCGAUUAGUUUGGGGUGGGCUGGCAUGGAUUAAUUAAUAACCACCAUUUUGUGUCAGUUCUCAUCAGUCUGGAAUUGUAUUUCAAGAUUGAAGCGGUGACCGCCAAAUAAACUUUUUCUAUGUUUUGUUUGUA